AUGGCCGACCCGUCCUUUUCCCCUUCCCCUCCCUCUUCUCCUCAUAAACACUCCCGCCCGCUCGCACCGAUGUCCAUCCACGAGCCCCACGACGACGAGCGCGACGCUCUCCUCGUCCCUGACCCACACUCCCCAUCGCCUCGCACUCCCCGGCCACGCAGAUCUUGGAAAACCGCAUCUUCCCUCUGGUCCGUCUAUCUUUAUCCCUCCCUAUCAGAUACCCGACCUCACCCCCGACUACCCCCCGCACCCCCAGGAUCUGCCCCGUCGUCCUCAUCUCCUCUCUAUGUGUUCCGUGGAAUGACUCUCGCCCCCCGCGUGGAGGUCUAUACCAAGCUCGCCUGCAGAGCAGUACACCACUCCGAGACAGAGAUUCCCCUCCACGUCCCCUUCGCUCCUACAGCUGCUCUCGCUCCGCCGAGUGACCCGAUCCACACCGUCCGCGUCACUCUCCCCGACACCAGCUCCUCAGCUUUUGACGAGUGCUCUGCCGACCCCAAGGUCCAAGCCCGUGCAGCGCGCAUACAGGCAUCCGUCAAAACGACAGAAAGCAUCCUAAGCGCGAUAACGACCGGAUGGCUCAGCCAUCUCAGCGACCUCUAUGGUCGCAAGAAGAUCCUCGGCUUCUCCAUCUUCGGAGCCUUGUUCAUGGACCUCGUCUACAUCCUCGUAUCAGAUACCAAGUCUAUCAUCGGAAGGCACGGCGAGGCCUUCAUCAUCACCGCUCCGCUCAUCGAGGGCUUCCUCGGUGCGCAGUCCACCUACAACGGCCUUACUCAUGCAUAUGCGACGGAUUGUACAGCUGACGGCUCUCGCGCCCGCAUCUUCUCCAUGCUACAGGGCAUGCUCUACGUCGGCCUUGCCUCGGGGCCGUGGCUCGACGGCCUCGUGCUCAACCUAUUCAGCACAAGCACCACCACGUCCCUCUUCGCGCUCGCCGUCGCCAUCGGGCUCUCCAACCUUCUCUUCGUCCUCUUCGUCGUCCCCGAGUCGCUCCCACCCGACCGGCGCCUCUCCCGCUCGCCCGGCUACAUCCGCUCGCGCACACCCUCGGGAUCAGAGAACAAGUCCGUGCAGGCCGCUGUCCGGCGCGGCCUCACGCUCGUCGUCGCGCAGUUCCUGCGCCCCGUCGCGCUCUUCCUCCCGCAGAAGCGCGAGGGCCGCAAGGGCCGCAACUGGAACCUGACCCUGACCGGCGCCGCGCUGUUCAUAUACGUGCUGUCCAUCCAAGUGUAUAAUCUCAAGUACCUGUACGUCCGACACGUGUACGACUGGUCGAGCGAGACGGUGCGUGCUCCGCCUUGGGUACUACAUGUCCCUCCUCUGGAUCACCCGCGCGAUCAACCUGCUCCUCAUCUUGCCAGGCAAGUCUCGCACGUGCCUUCUCCUCUCUCGCCUCGCCGGCUGACCCUGCCCCCGCGCGCACGCGCAGCCGUCCUGACGUACUUUGCACCGACCCGGUCCAAGCCGUCCGCGCGCUCGACGCCGAGCACGCUCGCCGCGGCGCUGCGCUUUGACCGCGCGAUCGCCGUGAUCUCGUUCUUCACGGACGCGAGCGCAAACGCGCUGGUCGUGCUCGCGCCGACGUCGUCGCAGGCGCUCUUUGUGCUCUGCACGUCGCUCAACUCGCUCACAAGCGGCGGGAACCCCGCGCUGCACUCGCUCGGCGCGGUGAGCCUGCAGGCGAUGGGCAAGGGGCGCGAGGUCGGCCUCGUGUUCGGCGCGAUGGGCAUCGUCAACGCGGUCGCGCACAUCGUCGCCCCCGCGAUCUACGCGUUCAUCUACGGCGCGACGGUCGCCGCGUUCCCCAAGGCGAUCUUCGUCAUGAGCGCGAUCCUGCUGUACGUCGUCGUCGCGAUGCUCGCGGGCAUCCGGCCGUACAUCGACAUCGCGGUCGGCGCCGCGGGCGACGAGGAGGGUGCGGGCGAGGCGGGCGCCACGCGGCGCGAGGGCGCGCUGCCGGAGACCGAGACGGAAACGGAGACUGAGGGCGAGGGUGAAGGUGAAGGUGAAGGGAUGCUGGGCGUGGAGGAUGCGGGGGACGACGACGACGGCGCGGCGGUGGCGGGGGUGGCUGUGGCCGUGCCGGAGGAAGAGGAGGCGGAUCGAAGGGGGCGGCGCGGGUCGCGCAGGCGGGAUCGGGAGCGGAUGGAGGAGCAGGCGCGGCGGUCGUCGAUCCUCCGGGUGUCGGUGUCGGAGCAGACGCUGUAGCCGCGGCCACGGGCAGGUAAAAUGCAUCUUGCGGGGGUAGGGUAGCGGGCAGGGUGGGGCGGGGUAGGGUGGGGUGGCCUGUGUAUGCGCUUGUGUUUAUUGCUUGUUGCCGUGUGAGGCGGACCGUUUUUCUUGACGUGUUUUGUUCGGCUUUGGCUUUGGUUGUGGCUUCUUGGGCUGUUGAUUGUUGGCUAUAUGCAUAUGUGCGUGUAAGUGUGUAUAGUUGAUGUGAUGUGCUCGCUCCUGGGGUGCCGGGGACGGUGCCGGACGAGAUCUGUUUUUGGUAUCCUCCUUUCCUCCUCCCCCAGGAAUGCUGCGCGGGUAGAUACGUGCAUAGCUGAACGGAGUGCGAACGCUGAACGCAUGGC